CAGAGGCGGUGGAGAGUGUAGGGAGAGACUGCUUUCCCGUUUUUUUUAUUUUUUAAUGGCACGAACUGUUUCGACCGGUUGUCACAGAGAACAAAGGAGAGGAUAACGGCGUAUGGUCUGAACACGUUGCAACCUAACCGCCUCCAUACCCUCCUUUUUGUGCAUGUGGAGCAGAGAUCCAGGCAAAGCUACCUAAUGUUCUGUGCAGUGUGAUAGCCCAAUUUCAAGCAUGAAUCAGAGGAACCCUUAGCCACUCCAGGCUGGGGAAGCCUUGGCUCUUUCCUCGCGCUUGAGAGUAUCUCUCCCCUCUGCCGGCAAAGUAGCCUACCAUACAGUUGGAGCACUGUGUGAGUGCGUGUUCAGGGGCGCACACAGAAGGGAGCAUCGCCCGGGAGAUCUGGAGCUUUUGCGCGGACUAGGCUCCUGCUCCUGCCGCUGACGGAGCCAGCAGCUGGGUCUACUGGAGUUCGCGGGGCACCCCUGAUUUUUGUAGCCUAUUUUUUUUUUGUUGUUGUUGUUUGUUAUAUUUUAUGUUGUCAAAAGCCAUGAUGUUGCGUUAUACUGCAAACCUGCUGGUGGCUGGAUUGUUCUUCUUGGGAUUUUUGCACAGUUUUGAGGUGAUUCUUCCUGCCAGAGCUAUUGACGCCCCGAAGACGUGCAGCCCAAAGCAGUUUGUGUGUAAGGAUCAGGUGACCUGCAUCUCCAAGGGCUGGAGGUGUGAUGGCGAGAAGGACUGUCCCGAUGGCUCGGACGAGGCCUCCGACGUCUGUCCCCACAUCCGGGUGUCCAAGUGUCCCCCCAAUGAGUACCAGUGCCAAGGGACGGAGGUGUGCAUUCACAUGAGCAAACUGUGUAAUGGCGUCCCAGACUGCACUGAUGGAGGAGACGAGGGACCACACUGCAGAGAGCAAAACUGCACUGCAUGUCCAGACAGCUGUGCCAUGACGAGAACGGGAGCUGUGUGCUACUGCAAGGCUGGAUAUGAGAUCAGUGAGGAUGGAAAGACCUGCAAAGACUUUGAUGAGUGCACCCUGUACGGCACGUGCAGUCAGACCUGCACCAACACAGAGGGCUCCUACACUUGCUCCUGUGUGGAGGGCUACCUACCGCAGCCUGACAACCGCUCCUGCAAGGCCAAGAACGUCCCAGUCGACCACCCGGCCGUCCUGCUCAUCGCUAACUCGCAGAACAUCCAGGCCACGUCACUGAAGGGCGCCAAUGCCCACAGCCUGCCCUUCACCGGCACCAAGCAGACCACUGCCAUGGACUUCCUGUACGCACAGGAGUCGGUCUGCUGGAUCCAUGUGGGCGAUGCCCCCGCCGGCACGCAGCUCAAGUGUGCCAAGAUCCCCAACCUGAAGAGCGUCACCGACGAAAGGGCCAUCAACAUCUCCCUCAGUCUGCACAAUGUGGAGCAGAUGGCCAUUGACUGGCUGACAGGAAACUUCUACUUCGUGGACGAUGUGGAUGACCGGGUGUUUGUGUGUGACAAAGACGGGACCACCUGUGUCACCCUGCUGGACCAGGAGCUCUACAACCCCAAAGGCAUCGCACUGGACCCCAGCAUGGGGAAGGUAUUUUUCACUGACUACGGUCAGAUCCCAAAAGUGGAGCGCUGUGACAUGGAUGGCCAGAACCGCACCAAGCUGGUGGACAGCAAGAUCGUCUUCCCCCACGGCAUCACGCUGGACCUGGUCAGCCGACUGGUGUACUGGGCAGACGCUUACCUGGACUACAUCGAGGUGGUGGACUAUGAGGGCAAGAACCGCCAGACAAUCAUCCAGGGCCUGCUGAUUGAGCACCUAUAUGGCCUAACAGUGUUUGAGAACUACCUGUACGCCACCAACUCGGACAAUGCCAACAUGCAGCCCAAGACCAGCGUCAUUCGCAUCAACCGCUUCAACAGCUCUGACUACCAGGUGGUCACGCGGGUGGACAAGGGAGGCGCCCUGCACGUCUACCAUCAAAGGAGGCAGCCCCCAGUGCGGAGUCACGCGUGUGAGCUGGACCCAAACGGUAAGGCGGGCGGCUGCUCGGACAUCUGCCUGCUGGGGAACAGCCACAAGACCCGCACCUGCCGCUGCCGCUCCGGCUUCAGUCUAGGCAGCGACGGCAAAUCCUGCAAGAAGCCAGAGCACGAGCUCUUCCUGGUCUACGGGAAAGGUCGCCCGGGGGUCAUCCGCGGGAUGGACAUGAAUGCCAAGGUGCCGGACGAGUACAUGAUCCCCAUCGAGAACCUGAUGAACCCGCGGGCCCUGGACUUCCACGCCGCCAGCGAGUUCAUCUACUUCGCCGACGCCACCAGCUAUAUCAUUGGACGGCAGAAGAUCGAUGGUACAGAGAGGGACACCAUCGUCAAGGAAGGGAUCCACACAGUCGAGGGCAUUGCGGUGGACUGGAUGGCAGAUAACCUGUACUGGACUGACGACGGGCCCAAGAAGACCAUCAGUGUGGCUCGGCUGGAGAAGGCCUCGCAGACCCGGAAGACGCUCAUCGAGGGGAAGAUGACGCACCCACGAGCCAUCGUGGUGGACCCCCUGCACGGGUGGAUGUACUGGACUGACUGGGAGGAGGACCCGAAGGCGAGCAAGCGCGGCAAGAUCGAGAAGGCCUGGAUGGACGGCACACACCGGGACGUCCUGCUGUCCUCCAAGACGGUGCUGUGGCCCAACGGCCUCAGCCUGGACGUGCCCCAGGGCAUCCUGUACUGGGUGGACGCCUACUAUGACCGCAUCGAGAUGGUCCUCCUCAACACCACUGAGCGCAAGACUGUGUACGAGGGGCAGGAGAUGAACCACGCGUUUGGCCUGUGCCACUACAACAACUUCUUGUUCUGGAACGAGUACCGCAAUGGCCUCAUCUACAAGCUGGACCAGAUCACAAAGACAGUAACCCUACUCCGCAACGAGAGGCCGCCCAUUUUUGAGAUCCGCAUGUACGACGCCCAGCAACAGCAAGGCUCUAACAUGUGUCGCAUACACAACGGAGGCUGCAGUAGCCUCUGUCUGGCCACUCCAGAGGGACGCACUUGCGCUUGUGCUGAGGACCAGCUCCUGGACCCUGUUGACAACACCAGCUGCAAGGCCAACCCGUCCUACAUCCCACCACCUCAGUGUCAGAAAGGAGAGUUUGCCUGCAAGAACAACCGCUGCAUCCAGGAACGCUGGAAGUGCGAUGGUGACAACGACUGUUUGGACAACAGCGAUGAGGCCCCUGAACUCUGCCAUCAGCACACCUGCCCUGCUGAUCGUUUCAAGUGCCAGAACAACCGCUGCAUCCCGCUGCGCUGGCUCUGUGACGGGGAUAACGACUGCGGCAACGACGAGGAUGAGUCAAACCACACCUGCUCAGCUCGGACAUGCCCGCCCAACCAGUACUCCUGUGCCAGCGGCCGCUGCAUCCCGCUCUCCUGGACGUGCGAUCUGGACGAUGACUGUGGGGACCGCUCCGACGAGCCCGCCUCGUGUGCCUACCCUACCUGCUUCCCUCUCACUCAAUUCACCUGUGACAACGGCCGCUGCAUCAACAUCAACUGGCGCUGUGACAAUGAAAAGGAUUGUGGGGACGGCUCUGAUGAGUUGAAUUGUCCGAACCCAACCGAUAACGACUGCGGGGACAACAGUGACGAGGCAGGCUGCAGUCACUCCUGCUCGAGCUCACAGUUCAAAUGCAACAGUGGACGCUGCAUCCCUGACUACUGGACCUGUGACGGAGACAAUGACUGCGGAGACUACAGCGACGAGACCCACGCCAACUGCACCAAUCAGGCCACUCGUCCGCCUGGCGGAUGUCACACCGAUGAGUACCAGUGUCGGAUGGACGGCCUUUGCAUCCCCAUGCGCUGGCGCUGUGACGGCGACACCGACUGCAUGGACCUGAGCGACGAGAAGAACUGUGAUGGCGUCACCCACAUGUGCGACCCUGCUGUCAAGUUUGGCUGCAGGGACUCCGCACGUUGCAUCAGUAAGGCCUGGGUGUGCGAUGGGGACAGUGACUGUGAGGACAACUCGGACGAGGACAACUGCGAGUCCCUUAUGUGUAAGAUGUCGCACCGCGUGUGUGCCAACGACUCCAGCAUCUGCCUACCCAUAGAGCGCAUGUGUGACGGAACUGUGGACUGCCCUGACGGCUCAGACGAGAAGCUCUGUGACCUGUGCCAGCUCUUUAAUGGCGGCUGCAGCCACAACUGUACGGUGGCUCCCGGCGAGGGCAUCCUGUGCUCGUGCCCGCUGGGCAUGGAGCUGGGCAAUGACAACAAGACAUGCCAGAUCCAGGGCUUCUGCGCCAAGCACCUCAAGUGCAGCCAGCGCUGCUCGCAGGACAAGUUCAGCGUCAAGUGCUCCUGCUACGACGGCUGGGUCCUGGAGCCGGACAAGGAGAGCUGCAUGAGUACCGAUCCUUUCAAGCCCUUUAUCAUCUUCUCCAACCGCCACGAGAUCCGCCGCAUCGACCUGCACAAGGGUGAGUUCAGCGUGCUGGUGCCGGGCCUGAGGAACACCAUCGCCCUGGACUUCCACCUGAAGGAGAACACCCUCUACUGGACUGAUGUGGUGGAGGACAAGAUCUACCGCGGCAAGCUGUCCGACAACGGAGCCUUGACCAGUUUUGAUGUGGUCAUCCAGUACGGUCUGGCUACUCCCGAGGGCCUUGCGGUGGACUGGAUCGCGGGGAACAUCUACUGGGUGGAGAGCAACCUGGACCAGAUCGAGGUGGCCAAGCUGAACGGCAGCAUGAGGACCACCCUGCUGGCCGGAGAGGUGGAGCACCCCAGGGCCAUCGCCCUCGACCCCCGCGAAGGUAUCCUCUUCUGGACGGACUGGGACGCUAGUAUGCCACGGAUCGAGGCAGCGUCCAUGAGUGGUGAGGGCCGGCGCUAUGUCCACAAGGAGACAGGCAAUGGUGGUUGGCCCAACGGCCUCACCGUUGACUACCUGGAGCGCCGCAUCCUCUGGAUCGAUGCCAGGUCUGAUGCCAUUUACUCUGCCAAGUAUGACGGUUCCGGGCUGAUCGAGGUGCUGAGGGGCCACGAGUACCUGUCGCACCCGUUCGCCGUCACCAUGUACGGGGGAGAGGUCUACUGGACGGACUGGCGCACCAACACGCUGGCCAAGGCCAACAAGUGGACGGGCAACAACGUGACGGUGGUGCAGAGGACCAACACGCAGCCCUUUGACCUGCAGGUGUAUCACCCGUCCAGACAGCCCCAGGCUCCUAACCCAUGUGCUGGUAAUGAUGGACUGGGACCGUGCUCCCACCUCUGUCUGAUCAACUACAACCAGACGUUCGCCUGCGCCUGUCCCCACCUGAUGCGCCUGGGACCAGACAAGCACACCUGCUUCGAGUCUCGUCAGUUCCUGCUGUACGCACGGCAGAUCGAAAUCCGUGGCGUGGACAUCUACAACCCCUACUACAACUACAUCAUCUCCUUCACCGUGCCGGACAUCGACAACGUGACGGUGGUGGACUACGACGCCCUGGAGCAGCGUAUCUACUGGUCGGACGUCCGCACGCAGACCAUUAAGCGUGCCUUCAUCAACGGCACCGGCGUGGAGACAGUGGUGUCGGCCGACCUGCCUAAUGCCCAUGGCCUGGCAGUGGACUGGGUCUCUCGGAACCUUUUCUGGACCAGCUAUGAUGCCAACAAGAAGCAGAUUAAUGUGGCCCGCUUGGACGGCUCCUUCAAGAACGCUGUGAUUCAGGGCCUGGACAAACCUCACUGCCUGGUGCUGCACCCCAUUCUAGGAAAGCUCUACUGGACGGACGGAGACAACAUCAGCAUGGCAAACACAGACGGUAGCAACCGCAGUGUCCUCUUCACCAAUCAGAAAGCCCCAGUGGGUCUGUCCAUUGACUUUCAUGCGGAGCACCUGUACUGGGUGAGCACGGGCAACAGCACCAUCAACCGCUGCAAGCUGGAUGGAUCUGGCUUCGAGACGCUGGAGGGCAUGAAGGGCAAACUCAACAAGGCCUCCGCCCUCGCCAUAAUGGGCGAUAAGCUGUGGUGGGCAGAUCAAGGCACUGACCAGAUAGGCACAUGUGACAAGAGUGACGGAGGAAACUGGAAGGUCCUCCGCAACAACACCUCCCCUAUGAUGCACAUGAAGAUCUACAAUGAGACCGUGCAGACAGGUUCAAACAUGUGCAGUAACAACAAUGGUGACUGCUCCCAGUUAUGCCUCCCUACCUCCCCCACCACCAGAGCCUGCAUGUGCACUGCGGGCUACAGCCUCAAGAGUGGCCAACAGUCAUGUGAAGGCGUCGGGUCCUUCCUGCUGUACUCGGUGCAUGAGGGGAUCCGCGGCAUCCCACUGGACCCUGCAGACAAGUCCGACGCUCUCGUACCCGUAUCAGGAACAUCACUCGCCGUCGGCAUUGACUUCCAUGCUGAAAAUGACACCAUCUACUGGGUGGACAUGGGUCUGAGCACCAUCAGCAGGGCCAAGCGGGACCAGACGUGGAGAGAGGAUGUGGUCACCAACGGCAUUGGACGCGUAGAGGGCAUAGCUGUGGACUGGAUUGCAGGGAACAUCUACUGGACAGACCAGGGCUUUGAUGUGAUCGAGGUGGCCCGCCUUAACGGCUCCUUCCGCUACGUGGUCAUCUCCCAGGGGCUGGACAAGCCCCGGGCCAUCACUGUCCACCCAGAGAAAGGGUAUCUGUUCUGGACUGAAUGGGGUCAGUACCCGCGGAUUGAGAGGUCUCGUCUGGAUGGAUCACAGAGGGCAGUUCUGGUCAAUGUCAGCAUCAGCUGGCCAAACGGCAUCUCCAUCGACUACCAGGAAGGUCUGCUGUAUUGGUGUGAUGCUCGGACGGACAAAAUUGAGCGCAUCAACUUGGAGACAGGAGAGAACCGCGAAGUGGUGCUCAAUAGCAACAACAUGGACAUGUUCUCCGUGUCUGUGUUUGAGAACUACAUCUACUGGAGCGACAGGUCUGUGACCCAUGCCAACGGCUCCAUUAAGAGGGGAAACAAAGACAAUGCCACGGAGUCUGUCUCCCUGAGGACUGGCAUCGGCGUGCAGCUCAAAGACAUAAAGGUGUUCAACCGCGCUAGGCAGCAGGGAACCAACGUGUGCAAAGACAACAAUGGAGGCUGCCAGCAGCUCUGUCUUUUCCGUGGCAACGGCCAGCGCACCUGUGCCUGCGCCCACGGCAUGCUGGCGGAGGACGGCAGCAGUUGCCGCGACUACGACGGCUACCUGCUCUAUUCGGAGCGGACCAUCCUGAAGAGCGUGCACCUGUCGGAUGAAAACAACCUCAACGCGCCCAUCAAGCCGUUCGAGGACCCGGACCACAUGAAGAACGUCAUCGCGCUGACCUUUGACUACCGUGGCGGCGGCGGCAAGGGCGCCAACCGCAUCUUCUUCAGCGACAUCCACUUCGGCAACAUCCAGCAGAUCAACGACGACGGCUCGGACCGCAAGACUGUGGUGGACAAUGUGGGGUCAGUUGAGGGCCUGGCGUAUCAUCGAGCGUGGGACACCCUGUACUGGACCAGCUACACCACCUCCACCAUCACCCGCCACACGGUGGACCAGAACCGCCACGGGGCCUUCGACCGCGAGGUGGUGGUCACCAUGUCCGGAGACGAUCACCCCAGAGCAUUUGCACUGGACGAGUGCCAGAAUCUGAUGUUCUGGACUAACUGGAAUGAGCAGUCACCCUGUAUCAUGCGCUCCACGCUGUCUGGUGCCAACAUCCUGGUGAUCAUCGCCAAUGACAUCCGCACGCCCAACGGCCUGGCCAUCGACCACCGCGCCGAGAAGCUCUACUUCAGCGAUGCCACGCUCGACAAGAUUGAACGCUGUGAAUACGAUGGCAGUCAUCGCUACGUGGUUCUAAAGAAUGAGCCAGUGCACCCAUUCGGGUUGGCUGUGUAUGGAGACUACAUCUUCUGGACCGACUGGGUCCGGCGCUCUGUCCUCAGGGCUGACAAGUAUGUGGGCGGCGACAUGAAGGUCCUGCGUGCCGACAUCCCGCAGCAGCCAAUGGGAAUCGUCGCUGUGGCCAAUGACACCAAUAGCUGUGAAUUCUCUCCAUGCCGUGUGAACAAUGGCGGCUGUCAGGACCUCUGCCUGCUGUCUUCUGAGGGACGGGUCAACUGCAGUUGCCGUGGAGACAGAAAGCUUCUCGAGGACAACACCUGUAUCUCCUUGAAUGGGACCUGUGGCGGCAUCGAUGACUUUGAGUGUGGUAAUGGAGACUGCAUCAACUAUGCACUCACUUGCGAUGGCACAGCCCACUGCAAGGACAAGUCUGAUGAGAAGCAGUCUUACUGCACUAACCGUGCGUGUAAGAAGGGCUUCAGGAAGUGUGUGAACGGCCGCUGUAUUCCACACUCCUCUUGGUGCAACAGCCAAGACGACUGCGGAGACAAUUCAGACGAACUGUUUUGCAAUGCCACCCUGUGCUCAGCCGAUCAGUUCCAGUGUAGAGACGGCAGCUGCAUCACCAACACAAGCCGCUGUAACCAGCGAGUGGACUGCGACGACGCAUCUGACGAGAUAAACUGCACUGCCACGGACUGCACCAGCUACUUCCGGCUGGGGGUGAAGGGCGUGACCUUCCAGCAUUGUGAGUUCACCACGCUCUGCUACGCCUCCUCCUGGCAGUGCGACGGAGCCAACGACUGUGGCGACUACUCCGACGAGAGGAACUGCCCAGAAAAGAAGAAGGAGAAGUGUCCGUCCAACUUUUUCGCCUGUCCCAGCGGCCGCUGCAUCCCCAUGAGCUGGACCUGCGACAAGGAGAACGACUGUGAGAACGGCGCCGACGAGGCCAACUGCUACAAGUCCUGCACAGACUCUCGCUUUGAGUGUGCCAACCAUCGCUGCAUCUCAACCAGCUGGGUGUGUGAUGGAGCUGAUGACUGUGGUGACGGUUCUGACGAGGGCAACAUCUGCAAGAACACCACGUGUAGCCCUGAGUCGUUCAAGUGCCCUGGCUCUAACAAGUGCAUCUCCCAUCGCUGGCUGUGUGAUGGGGACAAAGACUGCCCUGAUGGAGGCGAUGAGAGCGUGCUGGCUGGAUGUGUGUUCAACAACACAUGUGAAGCCACGGAGUUCAUGUGUCAGAACAGGCAGUGUAUCCCCCGACACUUCAUGUGUGACCAUGACAACGAUUGUGAUGAUGGAUCGGACGAGUCUCCAGAGUGCGAGUACCCUACCUGCAAGCCCAACGAGUUCCGAUGUGCCAAUGGCCGCUGCCUCAUCCAGGCAGGGUGGGAGUGUGACGGCGAGUUCGACUGCCAUGACCACUCAGACGAAGCACCCAAAAACCCCCGCUGCAAUGGCCCAGAGAAGAAGUGCAACGACACGGCCUACAUGUGCACCAACGGCAACUGCGUCAACGAGACGCUGCUGUGCAACCACAACGACGACUGUGGCGAUGGCUCUGACGAGCUCAACUGCUUCGUCAACGAGUGCAUCAACAGCAAGCUGAGCGGCUGCAGCCAACUCUGCGAAGACCUAAAGAUUGGCUUCAAGUGCAGGUGUCACCCUGGCUUCCGGCUGAAGGACGAUGGGAAGACGUGUGUGGACAUCGACGAGUGCACGACCAGCUACCCCUGCACCCAGCACUGCAUCAACACCCACGGCAGCUUCCACUGUCUGUGUGUAGAGGGCUUCGAGCUCAGGCCUGACGACCCCACCAUCUGCAAGUCCACCUCAGAGAUAGAGCCUUUCCUCAUCUUUGCCAACCGAUACUACCUGAGGAAACUCAACCUGGAUGGAACCAACUACACACUGAUUAGACAGGGCUUGAACAACGCAGUGGCUCUGGACUUCGACUACAGGCAGCAGAUGAUCUACUGGACAGACGUGACCACACAGGGCAGCAUGAUCAGACGCAUGCACCUCAAUGGCAGCGACGUGCAGGUCCUUCACCGUACGUCUCUUAGCAACCCUGACGGGCUGGCUGUCGAUUGGGUGGGAGGAAACCUCUAUUGGUGUGAUAAGGGACGGGACACCAUCGAGGUGUCCAAGCUGAACGGAGCGUACCGCACGAUUCUGGUCAACACGGGUCUGAGAGAGCCUCGCGCUGUUGCUGUGGACGUCCGCAAUGGGUACUUGUACUGGUCCGACUGGGGUGAUAACCCCCACAUAGGGCGGAUCGGCAUGGACGGCAGCAACCGUAGCGUGAUCGUUCAGGACCGCAUCACCUGGCCCAACGGUCUCACGCUCGACUUCAUCAACGACCGCAUCUACUGGGCCGACGCCCGUGAGGACUACAUCGAGUUCGCCAGCCUGGAUGGCACCAACAGACACACAGUUCUGGGCCAGGACAUCCCCCACAUCUUUGCCAUGACUCUAUUUGAGGAGUACAUCUACUGGACCGACUGGGAGACCAAGUCAAUUAAUCGGGCGCACAAGACCCAGGGCAUCAACAAGACCAUGCUGAUCAGCACUCUCCAUCGGCCCAUGGACAUCCACAUCUACCAUCCUUACAGGCAACCGGAGGUGAAGAACCACCCGUGCCAGGUGGACAAUGGCGGCUGCAGUAACCUGUGCCUGCUGUCUCCUGGCGGCGGCCACAAGUGCGCCUGCCCCACCAACUUCUACUUGGCCGCCGACGGACGCCAGUGCAUGUCCAACUGCACCGCCAGCCAGUUUGUGUGCAAGAAUGAUAAGUGCAUCCCAUUCUGGUGGCGUUGUGAUACAGAGGAUGACUGUGGCGACAACUCAGACGAGCCAGCCGACUGCCCUCAGUUUAAGUGUCGGCCAGGUCAGUUCCAGUGUGGCACAGACAUCUGCACCAACCCGGCUUACAUCUGUGACGGAGACAAUGACUGCCAGGACAACUCAGAUGAGGCCAACUGCGACAUCCACGUGUGUCUGCCCAGCCAGUUCAAGUGCUCACACCCAAGCCGCUGCAUCCCCGGAAUCUUCCGCUGCAAUGGACAGAACAACUGUGGACAGGGAGAAGACGAGAAGGAUUGCCCGGAGGUCACAUGUGCUCCUAACCAGUUCCAGUGUACCAUCUCCAAGCGCUGUAUCCCACGCGUGUGGGUGUGUGACCGUGACACAGACUGUGUGGAUGGCUCCGACGAACCUGCCAACUGCACUCAGAUGACCUGUGGUGUGGAUGAAUUCCGCUGUAAGGAGUCUGGUCGCUGCAUCCCAGCACGCUGGAAAUGCGAUGGAGAGGAUGACUGUGGAGAUGCAUCAGACGAACCCAAAGAGGAGUGUGACGAGAGGACGUGUGAGCCAUAUCAGUUCCGCUGUAAGAACAACCGCUGUGUGCCCGGGCGCUGGCAGUGUGACUAUGACAACGACUGCGGGGACAACUCUGACGAGGACAACUGUGUUCCUCGUAAGUGCUCUGAGAGUGAGUUUGCCUGCACCAACGGUCGCUGCAUUGCUGGUCGCUGGAAGUGUGAUGGCGACCAUGACUGUGCUGACGGAUCAGAUGAGGAUGGCUGUGAAGUGAAGUGUGAUAGCGACCAGUUCAAAUGUAAGAACAGCCACUGCAUCCCCAUCCGCUGGAGGUGUGAUGCCGACCCAGACUGCAUGGAUGGCAGUGACGAGGAAAGUUGUGACAGUGGAGUGGGUCGACACUGCCCCCUGGAUGAGUUCCAGUGUAAUAACACCCUGUGUAAGCCCCUGGGCUGGCACUGUGAUGGAGAGGACGACUGUGGAGACAACUCAGACGAGAACCCAGACGAGUGCAGGAGGUUCCAGUGUCCUCCAACCAGACAGUUCCGUUGUCAUAACAACCGUGUGUGCCUGCCCGUUGCCAAGCAGUGCGACGGCGUGGACAAUUGCGGGGACAACAGUGAUGAGGUUAACUGCCAUCCUCCGCCUCCACCGGUGUGUGAGAAGGAUGAGUUCAGGUGCAGUAAUGGUCGCUGUCUCAGCCCUACCCUUGUCUGCAACUCCUUUAACGAUUGCGAGGACUACGGCUCAGACGAAACCAACUGUGACAAGAAAGAUGUGUCCUCUAAGUGUGGUCAUGAGUGCAGUGGCAGUGAUGAGACUCACUGUGUGGUCAACGGCACAGAGUCCUUCUGCUCCUGCAAAUCAGGCUUCCGCAGGAUAGGACACUACUCCUGCGAAGAUAAAAACGAGUGCAGCCAGUUCGGCAUCUGCUCCCACAUGUGCAACAACACCAAGGGCUCCUUCAAGUGCAGUUGCCACAAGCACUUCACGCGCGUCAAUGACACCUGCAAAGCUGACACCAUCUCGAGCGUGGGCAAAGCCCUCUACAUCGCCGACGACAACGAGAUCCGCAGCCUGAACCUGGGCUCGCCGUGGCUGGUGUACGCCCAGACGUUCCAGGGCGACGCCUCGGUGCGCAUCGACGCCAUGGACCUGCACGUCAAGAGCAACCACAUCUACUGGACCAACUGGCACACGGGCCGCAUCUCCUCCUACGAGCUGCCGCAGCAGCCCAGCACCACCAGCGCCAGCCGCAGCAAGAGGCAGGCCGAGCCCCGACUCACACACCUGGAGAUCACUGGGCUCAAGAUGCCCAGAGGCAUCGCCGUGGACUGGGUGGCCGGGAACAUCUACUGGACCGACUCGGGCCGGGACGUCAUCGAGGUGGCCCAGCUGAACGGGCGCCACCGCAAGACCCUCAUCUCGGGCAUGAUCGACGAGCCCUAUGCCAUCGUGGUUGACCCCCCAAGAGGUAAAAUGUACUGGGCUGACCGGGGCAACCACCCCAAGAUUGAGACAGCAGCCAUGGACGGCACCAUGAGGGAGACACUCGUGCACGAGAACAUCCAGUGGCCCACGGGUCUUGCCGUGGACUACUUUAAUGAGCGACUGUACUGGGCGGAUGCCAAGCUGUCAGUGAUUGGCAGUGUGCGGCUCAAUGGCAGCGACCCGGUCAUUGCCGUCUCCAGCAUCAAGAAUAUGCUCCACCAUCCGUUCAGCAUUGAUGUCUUUGAGGACUACAUCUACGGUGUGACCUACAUCAAUAACCUCGUCUUCCGCGUCAACAAGUUUGGCAAAGGCCCUGUAGAGCACCUGACCACCAGCAUGAACCACGCCACCGACAUCGCACUGUACCAUCGCUACAAGCAGCCGGAGAUGACGAACCCAUGUGACAGGAAGAAGUGUGAGUGGCUGUGCCUGCUGAGCCCCAGCGGUCCGGUGUGCACCUGCCCCAACGGACGCGUGCUGCACAAUUCCACCUGCGUGGAGAUGCCCACACCCACACUAUCUCCUAUUGCUCCUCCCAGUGGACCAUGCAAUGUGCAGUGUCAGAACGGAGGUAGCUGCUUCCUGAAUGCCCGCAAGCAGCCCAAGUGCCGCUGCCAGCCCAACUACGGAGGAGAGCGCUGUGAGAUCGACCAGUGCAGAGACUACUGCCAGAACGGCGGCACAUGCACCGCCUCACCCACAGGUUCCCCCACCUGUCGGUGUCUCACAGGCUUCACCGGCCCCAGCUGCAACCUGCGCACCUGCCAGAAUUACUGCCAAAACAGCGGCAACUGCACUGUUAACCGCGGCAACCAGCCUGUGUGCCGAUGCCCCAGUGACUUCCUGGGAGACCAAUGCCAGUACCGUCAGUGCGAUGGCUUUUGCGAUCAUGAUGGUGUGUGUCUGGAGUCACAGGACACCUCUCGCCAUUGUCGCUGCCCUCCGCGUUACCUGGGCAAUAUCUGUGAGGUCGACAAAUGCCACUACUGCCGCGAUGGGAAGUGUAUCCCCAUCAACUCCUACCAGCCCCACGGAGACGUCACAUGCAGUUGCACCAAUGGAAGGAUUCAGCCCAGCUGCUAUACUUGUGAUGAAUACUGUGCUAAUGGCCAAUGCACCUUUAACCCCCAUACACAGCUGCCAGAAUGCAAGUGCUCGUCUGGUUGGGAGGGUCAUCGCUGUGAGACGCCCACUUCUAAUGUGAAUGCUGAGACUGGAGGCCGCACAGCCUCUAUAGUGAUUCCAGUGAUAUUAUUGUUGCUGCUGUUGUUGGUCGCGGGUGGAGCGGUAUUCUGGUACAAGAAGAGAAUGAGUGGGUCUAGCAGGCAAUCCAAAUCCUGUUCCAGACAAGCGCGGGCUAAAGGCUUCCAGCACCAGAGGAUGACCAACGGAGCCAUGAACGUUGAGAUUGGGAACCCGGCGUACAAGAUCUACGAGGGAGAGCCAGACGACGAUGUCGGAGAGCUGCUGGACUCUGACUUCACAUUAGACCCAGACAAGCCCACUAACUUCACCAACCCUGUGUACGCCACCCUGUACAUGGGUGCGCAUAACAGCAGAAACUCGCUGGCCAGCACAGAUGAGAAGAAGGAGCUUCUGUCGCGAGGGGAUGAGGAGCCCCUGGUGGACCCACUGACAUAGACUGUCCAUUGGACCAGGCCGUACCAUUCAGAGAAACACCCCCCUAUUGCCUUUUAAAGAAAGAAGAGAAUACGAGAGGAAGAAAAUCAACAGAAAAAAAUUGUGAACACUGUAUAAAAUGUACAAAAUGAAGGACUACUUUUGUAUGUGAUUGCAGUAUUAUAUUUUGUUCUUUUACAAUUCUUCAACGUGAAACGAACAAGGAAAAAACAUUUUCUAUGAGAUUUCUUUUUCUUUAUUUUGGUCCCCUACCUUACACCUUAAUAGCCACUACCUCUGUGCAAAAUGGAACUGAAAAAUUAGAAAAAAAAUUACAUCUGAACAAUUUUAAUUUUUUAUUUUUGUAUGAAGUGUAUAGACAAAAGAAAUUACACCGUUCCAUUUCAAUAGUGCCAACUCUGUUUUCUGUGUGAGUUAUUAGGAGAGGACACACUCUGUCUUUAGCUCGCAGUCAGGAGCAAUCUUGUCUUGAAAACAGUAUUUUAUCUUCCACCUGUCGUUAGGGCCAACCGUGGUGAGUUCAUGUACAGCACAUAAUAAAUGUCAGUCCCUGAUACGGGAUUGAAUAGUUCCCUUUUAAUUUCAUAGAAGUAUAUGAUUGUGUUCUCCUCCUUGCACAGACUUUGUUUUAUUUUGUUGUUUUUUUUUCUUUUCGGUGUAGGUUAUAUGCCGUAAAAAUAGAUGUAAGCAGGAAAGUAUACACAUUUCAUAGCUUGAAUGUCCUAGAGGCUUACAGUGACAUGAUCAUAAUGUAGUCAGGAGUUGUGUCGAAGCAAAUGGGAUUACGAGUGAAUGGGCGAAGGAACGUGUUCGUAUGUGGAACGUCGAGAGGGCAAACUGCGGUGCAGUAAAUAAAACCCCCUUCUGUGUCCAGCUGGUGUCUCCCGAGGCCAGCUGCUUUGGCGGAAGGGACGGCGCCACACAGUGGCGAGGGUGUGGAUGUGUGCUCGCUCAGUUAUGCGCAUUAGUGCAACUUCAGAGUGUGGACCAUAGCAGAGGGGUCCAGGGGAGGAGAGGCGGUUUCGUCGUUUUGUUUUAUUUCUUCAAGUUCAAUGUGUGUCCGUGCUGCGUUCGGCUCUGCUUUGGUUUCUCUGUAAAAUCCAGUGAUGAUACAUGCGUGUUCUCCACUUAAACAUGAGCUGUACAAUGUCUCUUUUUACAGUAACAGAUUUGUUUGUUCUCUGCGCUAGCAGUGUUUUCUACAACAGGUCAGAGUAAACUGCACAUUUUCCAUCAUGUAGAUGGUUCAAGUAGCCUUUAUUUUUUCCCCUUUUAUUGUUGUUGUUGUCGCUCUUCGCCUACGAGCUAAUGCCGUUAUUCACUCAUUUUUUGAUUCCUGCUUUAGCUCAGCUGCUGGUCUGAGAUGCUGCUUCUGUUGGAAGGUGAUCAGCCAUAUUUUAAUGCAUGUUCAAUACAAACAAACAAAUAAGCAAACAUACUGUAUGUAGAUUAACAAAUCUUUUUAACCUACUUGUCUGCAGUCAAGCAAGGAUGCUUCUUCAGUUCAGCUCUGGCUUCUGUUUUUGUUUUGUUAUCAAUUCAGAAAAAAAUGAGUACAAUCAUGUUACUUUAAGAUAUGUGCAAAAUUGUACAUGCAUUUUCUUUAAGGUUUUGAUCAGAUUUUUGUUCAGUUUUAAUGAAAAGUACACAUAGCUUUUAUAGUACAGAAUGCAUGGAGGCUCAAACUUUCUUCUGGAAAGAGAAUAAUGUUUUAAUUUUUUGCUGGAGUACUUUACAAACUAAAUAACAGAUAUUGUUAUAAAUAAAACUUUAAAAAUCC